UGUUAGCUGUAAUUGCGUUCACUUGCCAUUGUCAGGAAAGAAAGGUAAAACCACAUUCAUUUCUCUAUACUUAUUUCAUAAUUUUCACAUAAAGAAUCAUUAAGAACUAAAAUGGGUAUUUUGUACAGGUUUAUGUUGUAUACAUGGGAAAUCUUCCCAAGGAAGGAGUGUCUGUGGCGUCGCACCACACCAUGCUGGAAGAUGUUCUUGGAAGCUCCAAGGCCAAAGAGUCAUUAGUCUAUAGCUAUGGGAAGAGUUUCAAUGGAUUCGCUGCUAAAUUAUCAGAGGAAGAAGCAGCCAUGUUUUCAGAGAUGGAAGGAGUCGUUUCGGUACUCCCUAACACCAAGCUGCAGCUCCACACUACAAGAUCAUGGGAUUUCACGGGCUUGCCGCAGAAUUAUUUGAACCUUCCUCAUGAAGGAGAUGUUAUUGUGGGAGUGUUAGAUACAGGUGUCUGGCCUGAGUCAGAGAGCUUCAGCGACGUUGGGUUCGGCGCUCCUCCGGCAAAAUGGAAAGGGAUUUGCCAGACUGUAGAUAACUUCACCUGCAACAACAAGCUCAUUGGAGCUCGAUACUACAACAGCGAUAACUACUACGAUGAUACAGACUUCAAAUCUCCGAGAGACUCAGAAGGACAUGGGACCCAUACUUCUUCCACAGCAGCAGGCCGAGCUGUACCUGCAAGCUACCAUGGGUUAGCCAAAGGCAUUGCAAGAGGCGCAGUCCCGCAAGCUAGAAUUGCUGUGUACAAAGUAUGCUGGUCGUCUGGAUGUGGCCUGGCUGAUAUCUUGGCUGCUUUUGACGAUGCAGUAGCAGAUGGUGUCGACAUCAUAUCAGUUUCCCUUGGAUCUGGUUAUCCAUCACCGUACUUCCAUGACCCCAUUGCAAUUGGAUCAUUCCAUGCAAUGAAGUAUGGGAUCUUGACCUCGAACUCAGCUGGAAACUCUGGUCCAUACCCAGUAUCCGUCUCCAACUACGCACCUUGGACUUUGACGGUGGCCGCAAGCACAAUCGACCGGAAGUUUGUGUCCCAAGUGGCGCUUGGCAAUGGACAGACCUUCACUGGAAACGCCAUCAAUCCAUUUGAACUCAAUGGUACAUCAUACCCGAUGAUAUAUGGAGGAUCCGCUCCAAAUGUAUCGGCCGGUGCAAAUGCUGAUAUUUCAAGAUCCUGCGAUUCCGGAUCUCUCAAUUCAUAUAAAGUGCGGGGGAAGGUCGUCCUCUGUGACUACAUCUAUGAUGGUUCUGGGGUGAUGGAGGCCGGAGGAUUGGGCAACAUCAUGGCUGACAGUGCAUACUCUGAUUUCGCCUUCUCUUACCCAUUGCCAAGUACUCUUCUCAGUGUCGAAGAUGGUGAGAAAGUAUUGGACUACAUUCAAUCUACUGACAACCCCAUCGGAACAAUCCUCGCUGGCGAGACAUGGAAAGAUGUUUCCGCUCCCCGCAUCGUCUCCUUCUCUUCCAGAGGACCCAACCCAAUCACUCCAGACAUUCUCAAGCCGGAUUUGACGGCCCCCGGCGUAGACAUCCUUGCCGCUUGGUCACCGGUCGCCCCUCCUUCCAUUUACUAUGCAGAUACCACCAGCGUCAAGUACAACAUAAUCUCGGGCACCUCAAUGUCUUGCCCACAUGCCAGCGGUGCUGCCGCCUUUGUCAAAGCUGCUUAUCCGAACUGGUCCCCCGCCGCGAUCAAAUCCGCACUCAUGACUACAGGUGAUCUAAAUGACUUCCUCUUCCCCAUGUGUUUCGAGCCAUAUAUUAGGUGUGUUGAGCUGUGACCGGAAAAUCUAGUUGGCAUGUUCAUCAGGUGCACACGCUUGUUUGAAAGAAAUGAAUGGUUAGAAGAAACCAUGGGCCCCACU